UGUGCAUUUCUCUCUCUGUGAAACAGUGUGCAUUUCUCUCUCUCUCUGAGUCAGUAUGUGCACCUCUCUCUCUCUCUGAGUCAGAAUGUGUGCAUUUCUCUCUCUCUCUGAGAUUGAGUGUGUGCAUUUCUCUUUCUGAGACUCUGUCUAUCUGAGAGAGAGUGUGUGUGAUUUUCUUUCUCACGGACCCACUGUACUCGGUGUGGAUCUCUCUACAUUGGGGAAACCAAGCAGAGGCUUGGGGACCGCUUUGCAGAACACCUCCGCUCGGUUCGCAACAAACAACUGCUCCUCCCAGUCGCAAACCAUUUCCACUCCCCCCUCCCAUUCAUCAGAUGACAUGUGCAUCAUGGGCCUCCUGCAGUGCCACAAUGAUGCCACCCGAAGGUUGCAGGAACAGCAACUCAUAUUCCGCUUGGGAACCCUGCAGCCCAAUGGUAUCAAUGUGGAUUUCACAAGCUUCAAAAUCCCCCCUGCCCCACUGCAUCCCAAAACCAGCCCAGCUCAUCCCCUCCCCCGACUGCAUCACAAAACCAGCCCAGCUCGUCCCUGCCCCCCAACCUGUUCUUCCUCUCACCUAUUCCCUCCUCCCACCUCAAGCCGCACCUCCAUUUCCUACCUACUAACCUCAUCCCACCUCCUUGACCUGUCCGUCCUCCCCAGACUGACCUAUCCCCUUCCCACCUCCCCAACUAUACUCUCCUCUCCACCUAUCUUCUCCUCUAUCCUUCUUCGGUCCGCCUCCCCCUCUCUCCCUAUUUAUUUCAGAACCCUCUCCCCAUCCCCCUCUUUGAUGAAGGAUCUAGGCCCGAAACAUCAGCUUUUGUGCUCCUGAGAUGCUGCUGGGCCUGCUGUGUCCAUCCAGCUCCACACUUUGUUAUCUUGGAUUCUCCAGCAUCUGCAGUUCCCAAUAUCUCUGCACUUCUCUCUCUCUCUCUCUGUCUCUCUCUCUGAGAUUGAGUGUGUGCAUUCCUCUCUCUCUCUGAGAGACAGUGUGUGCAUUCCUCUCUCUCUGAGAGGCAGUGUGUGCAUUUCUCUCUCUCUCUCUCUCUCUGUGAAACAGUUUGUGUGCAUUCCUGUCUCUGUUUGAGAAACUGUGUGUGCAUUUCUCUCUCUCUCUCUGAGGGACUGUGUGCAUUUCUCUCUCUCUCUGAGAGUCAGUGUGUGCAUUUCUCUCUCUCUCUCUCUCUCUCUGUGAAACAGUUUGUGUGCAUUCCUGUCUCUGUUUGAGAAACUGUGUGUGCAUUUCUCUCUCGCUCUGAGAGACAGUGUGUGCAUUUCUCUCUCUCUCUCUCUCUGUGAAACAGUUUGUGUGCAUUCCUGUCUCUGUUUGAGAAACUGUGUGUGCAUUUCUCUCUCUCUCUGAGGGACUGUGUGCAUUUCUUUCUCUCUCUCUCUCUGAGAGACAGUGUGUGCAUUUCUCUCCCUCUCUCUGCCUGUGUGAGUCAGUGUAUUGUGUUUGGAGUUGAGAGCCUGAGGGGAGGAGGAGGAAGAGGAGGAGGAUUAGGUUAGCCAGCUCAUGAAUGGUACCACGUCACAGGCUCCCACAGUUCACAGCAGAAUGAAGAAGCAAUGGCAGCUCAGACAGGAAGGACAGCCGGGAGCAGGGAGCCAGGAGGACCCUGGGAAAGUCGCCUCACCCGCUUGCACCCUGAGCAGCUCGGUCUGGGCGACCAUCGAAGAGGUUUCUGCCUUGUCAGAGAGUGAUGAUUCCCAGGAGUCGUCCGACAGUGUGUCCUCAUCGCAGAAAUCCAGGGAGAUCCAAUCCCGGCGAUCAUCUUACAGGAAAAUCCUCAGUGAGUUGUCGGCGGGAGACACGGCGAAGGGCGAAGGGAGGGGAAACGGAGAGGCUGGAUCCGGCGGAAACUCCCUCACCACAGUGACGGUGCCCGCUCCCGUCUACCAGACCAGCACCGGCCAGUACAGUAAGUCACGGGGCAAGCGGGCGCGUUCCCCACACCAACCUCCCCCUGGGGUAGUGGGGGAGGAGAGGGGGGAGGUUGGGGCAGAUAGGACGGGAUCAGCCCCAUUCACGCCUCGAACCAUUCCACAGGACCCGCUCUGGGCUUGUGUUCCUGUCCUGGUGGCUGCAUUGGAUCUUCCCAUUACCACCUUCUGUGUGUGUGUGUGUGUGAUCUUACUGUACCCGUUCAGUGUGUGUAUGUGUGUGCAGGUGUGUGUGUGAGAUCACACUGUACCCGUUCACUCUGUGUAUGUGUGUGUGUGUUUGUGGGAUCAUCCCGUUCCAGUCAUCAAUGUGUAUUGUGGGAUCUUCCUGUUCUCCAUUCAGUGUGUGCAUUGUGGGAUCUUCCCAUUCUGAUCCUGCCUGGGUAUGUGUGUGUGUGUGAGAUCGUACUGUACCCGUUCACUCUGUGUGUGUGUGUGUGUGUGUGUGUGGGCGUGUGCGUGUCUGUGGGAUCUUCCCAUUCCCAUAGACAGAGCGCAUGAACAGACCCUUCAGCCCACGGUCUCUGUCUGGGCUACCAUGAUGCCAUUCCAAACUAAUCCCACCUGCCUCUAUUCCCUCCUUGUUCCCCUGUCUCUCCAAAUGUUCUUCCUGUCUCCAUGCUCAAAGUGCCACUGACAUUCCAAAUCUGUAUAUCCCAUAGUGAGCCAAACCUCUACCUGUGCUCAGUCAUGAGGUCCGCUGCCUCACACGCCAGGGACCCGGGUUCAAUCCAGCCCACGGGCAACUGUAUGUCUGUCUGUCUGUCUGUCCGUCCGUGUGGAGUUUGCACGUUCUGUCCCGCUCAAUGUCUGCAUGGAUUUCCCCCGGGUGAUCCCAUUUCCUCCCACAGUCCAAAGGUGUGCGGGUUAGGGUGGGGUUGGCCAUGGGAAAUUGUCCCGUAGUGGGUUAGGGUGGGAUUGGCCGUGGGAAAUUGUGCCGUAGUGCCCAGGGAUGUGCAGGUUAGGGUGGGAUUGGCCGUGGGAAAUUGUCCCGUAGUGCCCAGGGAUGUG